GCAGUUUGUACUUUGAGAGCCGAUCUUCGCAAUCCCGCAAACGAGACGCUAACGCGCGCACUCGACUCCCUUCGACGAAUCCAUUAAUGCCACCACAGCUAGAGCUUCAAGGCGCCCAGGUCUGGCAUCCCAUCUCUCUCUCUCGGUCACCCUUUUCCUUGUAGGGCUUAGUUACUCUGUUAGAUUACCCUAGGGCUUUCUUUUUCUUUUCUCGUUUCCAUUGUAUUUCUCGAUUCAAGCUCAGAGAGGCUAUUGAUUGACAGAAACCUAAUAAAAAAAUUUAGUGUUUCCCUUAUAUUGGUGAAUAUUUAGGUUUCUGAUGGGUGUUGGGGAUUUUGGGUUAGCUUCAAUCUUGCUCGACUAUAUAGCUUUAAUGGUUGAAGGACGAAUUUUUUACGAAACAUGAGCUUUAAGUUUUUUUAUGUGGAAUAUGUUUCGCACUCCAGAUCGUUUCAUGUUGAUUUGGGCACUGAGGGUGGGCUAAGCGGUAACGAAACGGCUUAUAGAGGACUUAUUAAAAUUUAGGGCUUGUAAAAUGGAUGGGGAGGAUAAGAGGUGCGGGUCCAAGAAAAGAUUGAAGCCGGCUGAGAUUGGUUUUGAGUCGGAUGAGGAUGAGCCAAUUGGGUCUUUGCUCAAGUUGAAGAGACCCCGAAAUGCUAAGAAGGUCAAGUCAGGGUUAGAGAGUGGCGGUGAUGGUCUCAGGAAGUUUGAAGUUAGAGAAGUGAAAUUGGAGGUUGAGGCUGAAAAUUUGGGCGAAAUGGAUGAUACUUUGGCGAGUUUCAGGAAGAAGUUGAGGGGUCCAAAGAAAGACAGUGGAUCUGGAAUUGUUAGGGGAAGGAGUUCUUCUUUGAAUGUAGUGGAUUCUUCUGAUAGAUCAUUGAAUGGGUCUGCAAACAAUGGGGGAUUGGAUGAAAAACUGAUAUCUAAGGUUGUGGAGGAAGGUCAUGUAAUGGGCGAUGAUGGUUCUGAUAUGACCAUGGAUGUAGGGGUAGCAAACAAGUGUAAAGGGAAAGUUAAGAAACCCAAGAUAAAUUCAGUACCGAAAACAGCUGGUUAUGCUGCAUUUACUACUGAUUUAGAGUCUCUGGGAUCUGGGUGUAGUUCUUGGAGGGAGCAAGAGUCUAAUUUGUGGCCUGGGGAAGGUCCUGAUCAGUUUGUGGAUGAGCCUUUGGAAGACUCGAUAUCAGCAUUUGUUCGCAAGGCACAAUCUGGCACUAGGAAAUAUCGUGCAUCUUCAAGUUCAAAGCAGAAAACAGAGGAUGAGACUUUGGAGGAUGGUUUCAGCCCUUGCUCUGAAAGUGUUUCGGGGGUUUCUAAGCCUGUGACUGGAAGGAGACUUAGAUCUGGUUCUACCUCAAAACUUGACUGCAAUGGUUUGAAAUCCAGAAAUGGAAGAUCUGAUGACUGUUCUUCUCAAGUUUCUGACUUCGUUGAAGAGAAUCAUGAUUCAAAUAGAAGGCUUCCUUCUAAUUCAGCAGUUAAACUGGAGAGUAUGAAACCCAAUGACAAUAGACACCGAUUAUCUUCCGAAGUUAUUUUAGAGGUUCCACCUCCAGUUUCACCAACAUCAAUAUCUCCUUCUAGAGGGAUCCAAGAUGAGGCUACAGAGGACCCUUGUGGUUCAAAUGCUCAAGGAGGAUCUAAAAUAAAUAACGAAAACUCUAAUGGAGUUUGUAAUGGAGAGUUUGCUCGUAUUCAUUUCAAGGAUAAUUGCACUGCUUGUAGCCAAAAGGCUGCAUUGGGAACUCGAACAUUCAAGGAUACAUUAAAGCCUUGUUCAAUGUUUAACACAAGCAUUGUGGUGCAGGAUGUUGUAGAAAUGCCAAAUUCUAUCUCUGGUCCAGAAAAGAUGGAAGAGGUCAAUGAGUUUGGCAAGGGCAACUCUGACAGGGGUUUUAGGGAUUCAUUGACCCAACACUCAGAGGGCGUUUUGAUAACACAUGUAUCAAAUGCAGACCUUGAAGUUUCUGAGACUUGCUGUGAAGGUGAAUUGUUGAACAAAUCAUGCAAAUGCACUUCCCAGGAAAUUUGCAAUUCGGUUUCUAGAAAAACUUUUGAGGUUUCAUCAAAAUUUGUCUCUCAAAAUUCAUCUUGCCAUGUGAAGAUGGGAGAAAAUUGCAGUGCUUGUGAUGAUCUUAAAAUGUGCACCGAUGAGCCAGAUCUUACUUCAGAUUCUCUGCAAAAGAAUGAUUCUUUUCCCUUCAUUCAAAAUCAAACCUUAGAAGAUGUGUCAAAAGGUAUUCAUGUUCGUAGCCACAAUUAUCAUUCAGUCGGUGAAGAGGUUUGUAGAGGUUCUUCUCCAUCUAUAACUCGAGAUGAAAAUGAAAAUUACCCAGAAGAUAUGAUACCUGUGCCUGAUUGCAAAAGCAAAGAUAAAAAGCUAUCAUCUGGCCAGCGUGCUGUACGCAGGCCUAAGAAGCAUAGGCAUGGAGAUAUGGCUUAUGAGGGGGAUGCUGAUUGGGAGAAUUUAUUAAAUGAGAAAGGUUUUCUCGAAAGUCAGGGUGUUAUAGACAGUGAGCAUUCUUUUGGAACAAGAGUGAAGUGUGAUACAUCUUCAAAUACUUCUGCGGAGAUGAUUGAAAAUGGUGGUGCAGCAGCAGUAUCAGCUGGACUGAAAACUCAUGCAGUUGGUCCAGUUGAGAAGAUUAAAUUUAAGGAGGUCUUGAAGCGGAAAGGUGGCCUCCAGGAAUAUUUGGAGUACAGGAAUCAGAUAUUAAGUCUUUGGAGUAAAGAUGUUAGCCGCAUUUUACCACUUGCUGACUGUGGGGUCUCUGAUACUUCUUUUGAGGGUGAGCCACCACGCGCUACACUUAUUAGGGAGAUCUAUGCAUUUCUUGAUCAUAAUGCUUAUAUAAAUGUUGGAAUUGCUUCUGAGAAGGAGAGAGCAGAAACUAAUGCUAGGCAUAACUAUCAGCUUCUGAAACAAAAAAAUAUUGAGGAGACUUCUGGAGCUACAGUUGCAGAUUUAGAGGAUGGAGUUUCUUUUAUUGUUGGUCAGGUUAAGAGUUCUGAAACUUCAAUGGAAGCAAAGAGUGAUGUUAUUAUUGAAAAUGAAAAGCAGAUGUGUGAAGCUACUAAAGAUAAGAGACGUGGUACUCCGGUUGCACUGGAAUUAUCUGAUAUGAUAGAACGUGAAGAAUGCCUAAGUACUGGUCCAUCAUGUGAAAUGCUGGAUAGUGGAACAGACCCUGCCAUCACUCCUGAGCUAAAGAAUGACUCAUGUACCAUUUGUUCCUCAGAUGAUCACAUUAAGGGGACUCACUCUCUGCAAUGUGAUUCAGAGUUCAGAAAGAAAAUCAUUGUUGUAGGAGCUGGUCCUGCUGGCUUAACUGCUGCACGCCAUUUGCAACGUCAGGGUUUUUCUGUAACCAUUCUUGAAGCUAGGAGCAGGAUAGGGGGUCGAGUCUUCACAGACUGUUCAUCUCUGUCUGUUCCAGUGGAUCUUGGUGCUAGCAUUAUUACUGGUGUUGAGGCUGAUGUGGCCACUGAAAGAAGACCAGAUCCUUCCUCAUUGGUUUGUGCUCAAUUGGGCCUUGAGUUGACUGUAUUAAAUAGUGACUGCCCUCUUUAUGAUAUUGUUACGGGUCAAAAAGUUCCUGCCGUUCUGGAUGAAGCAUUGGAAGCAGAAUACAACAGCCUUCUUGAUGAUAUGGUGUUGCUUGUUGCCCAAAAGGGGGAACAUGCAAUGAGAAUGUCUCUUGAGGAUGGCUUAGAAUAUGCCCUUAUGAGGCGUCGUUUGGCACGAUUAGGAACAAGGGAAGAAACUGAAGUGCACAGUUCAGUGAAUGCUUUCUUUGAUGCUGAAAAAGGUAGUGUUGAUGGCAGUUUUCCACAGAGGCAUUGCUCUAAAGAAGAGAUUUUGACACCUCUGGAGAGGAGGGUUAUGGAUUGGCAUUUUGCAAACUUAGAGUAUGGCUGUGCUGCUCGGCUUAAGCAAAUAUCUCUUCCCUACUGGAACCAAGAUGAUGUUUAUGGAGGAUUUGGAGGAGCUCAUUGUAUGAUUAAAGGGGGUUACAGCACUGUUAUUGAGUCUCUUGGAGAAGGACUCGCCAUUCACCUGAACCAUGCAGUCACAGAUAUUUCAUAUGACACCAAGGACUCUGGAACUAAUGGUAGUCAGUCUUAUAGAGUCAAAGUUUCUACGUCAAAUGGCAGUGGAUUUUUUGGAGAUGCUGUCCUGGUUACAGUGCCACUUGGAUGCUUGAAAGAAGAAACCAUAAAGUUUUCCCCACCUUUGCCCCAAUGGAAGCAUUUUUCAAUCCAGCGGCUUGGUUUUGGAGUUCUUAAUAAAGUGGUUUUGGAGUUUCCGGAAGUGUUUUGGGAUGAUUCUGUGGAUUACUUUGGAGCAACUGCAGAGGACACAAACCGGAGGGGCCAGUGCUUCAUGUUCUGGAAUGUCAGGAAAACGGUUGGGGCUCCUGUUCUUAUAGCUUUAGUGGUUGGCAAGGCAGCUAUAGAUGGCCAAAAUAUGAGCUCAUCUGAUCAUGUAAACCAUGCGUUAAUGGUUCUCCGUAAACUUUUUGGAGAGGCUUCAGUUCCUGAUCCGGUUGCAUCGGUAGUGACAGACUGGGGCAGGGAUCCUUAUAGCUAUGGUGCUUACUCCUAUGUUGCAGUUGGAGCAUCUGGAGAAGAUUAUGAUUUAUUGGGCAGGCCUGUAGAUAACUGUUUGUUUUUUGCUGGUGAAGCCACCUGUAAGGAGCAUCCUGACACAGUUGGUGGUGCAAUGAUGAGUGGGCUACGGGAAGCAGUGCGUAUAAUUGACAUAUUCAGUAGUGGGCAUGAUUACACUGCAGAAGUAGAGGCAAUGGAGGCUGUACAUAGACACAGUGACUUUGAGAGAGAUGAAGUUAGGGACAUAACAAAGAGGCUUGAUGCAGUCGAUAUAUCUAAUGUUCUAUACAAGAACUCUUUGGAUGGAGCACAUAUUUUGACAAGGGAAGCUUUAUUACAGGAGAUGUUCUUUAAGGCAAAAACCACUGCUGGACGAUUGCACGUGGCCAAAGAGUUAUUGGAUCUUUCCGUUGAAACCUUGAAAUUCUUUGCUGGGACCAAAGAAGGGCUUACUACACUCAACUCAUGGAUACUGGACUCAAUGGGGAAGGAUGGGACUAAACUCUUGCGGCACUGUGUUCGUCUACUUGUGCUUGUUUCAACUGAUUUACUUGCUGUGCGCUUGUCAGGCAUAGGGAAAACAGUGAAAGAAAAAGUUUGUGUACAUACUAGCCGUGAUAUACGUGCAGUAGCAAGUCAGCUGGUUAAUGUGUGGCUCGAAGUCUUUCGCAAGGAAAAAGCUUCUAAUGGUGGAUUAAAGUUGAGGCAAGGAAGUGCUGUAGAUUCAGCAAGGAGAAAAUCUCUUAAAGAUCCAUUAAUAGGAAAGCCGCCUCUGCACACACAUCAUGGUGCUUUAGAGAAUAAAGGAGGUUUGCAGGUCUUUGCAUCUGCUGGAAGUCAUUUACAUUUGAAUCCAAAUGUGAAGAAAGUGAGUGGUAGAGCAGUCAAACUCGAAGCUGCAAAUGACUCAAAAUUGGAUUUUACAUCAAGGUCCCAAGGUCCAACAGACACACUGGAUACUGAGCCCGAGGACAGCAACACUGCUAUUUCUGAAGAAGAACGAGCUGCCUUUGCAGCUGCAGAAGCAGCUCGUGCGGCAGCACUUGCAGCUGCCGAGGCAUAUGCGUCAGAGGCCAAGUGUAACACAUCGUUGCAGCUACCUAAGAUACCGUCAUUUCACAAGUUUGCUAGACGGGAUCAAUAUGUCCAGAUUGAUGAAUUUGAUACUCGAAGGAAGUGGUCUGGUGGUGUUUUGGGAAGACAAGAUUGUAUAUCAGAAAUAGACUCCAGGAACUGCAAAGUUAGGAACUGGUCAGUUGAUUUUUCUGCUGCUUGUGUGAACUUUGAUAGUUCAAAAGUUUCAGCGGAUAACCUCUCACAGAGGAGCCAUUCAAAUGAGAUUGCUAGCCAUUUGAACUUCAGAGAGCACUCUGGGGAAAGCGUGGCUGUGGACAGCAGUAUUUAUACUAAAGCAUGGGUUGAUUCGGCUGGCAGUGUUGGGAUAAAGGACAACCAUGCCAUUGACAGAUGGCAAUCUCAAGCAGCUGCUGCCGAUUCUGAUUUCUUUUGCUCAAAUGAGGAAGAUUCGAACACAAGUUGGAGACUACCCACCUGGAAGCAUGAUAGACUGGCAAAUGAGAGUUCUAUCUCACAAGUUACAGUAAACAAGGAAUCUGUAAAAAAUCAUCCUCGAGGGGCAGAUCGCAUUAAACAGGCUGUUGUAGAUUAUGUUGCAUCAUUGCUCAUGCCCCUUUAUAAGGCAAGAAAAAUUGAUAAGGAGGGAUACAAGUCAAUUAUGAAGAAAACUGCAACUAAGGUCAUGGAGCAGGCCAGUGAUGCAGAGAAAUUCAUGGCUGUUUCAGAGUUUCUUGAUUUCAAGCGCAGGAACAAGAUCCGUUCCUUUGUGGACAAAUUGAUUGAGAGGCACAUGGCAAUCAAGUCAGACGUGAAAUCUUGAUGAUCUAAAGGAAUGUGACCUAUUUUGAGUUCAUUAAUGUGCAAGAUUUUGAGAAGUCUGGGGGAGUUCUCGGCGUAUGUUGGCAGUGGUGGGAUGGAGGUUCUUUUAUUGGUGUUUCAUUAAAAAUGGUGGUAUGCUGUUAAUAGGGGUGUAAUCUGAACAGGCUACUCAACAGGUAGCUGGAAUUCAACUCGGUUAAACACGACUCGUGCUCGAUUCGUUUAUUAAAUGAGCUCGUUCGUGAAUAUGAAAUAAUGAUCGAUUAUUAAAUGAUACAACUCGUACAAAACUUGACUCGA